CUCAUCCGCUCGGGUCCUUGAGCCUGAGCCGACCGUGCAGCCAUGGCCUUGAGGCUCCUGAGAGUGGCCGCGGCGUCCACGUCCGCGCGGGUCCUGGUGACCGGCGCCCAGCGCGUGGGAAGGAUUCACACCAGCGUACGGUGCAAGCUGCGGUAUGGGCCUUUGGCGUUCACGCUUGGUGAAAAAACCACCAAAAAACUGACGCAGUACAGCAAGGUGAUAACCGUAGAUGGCAACAUAUGUUCUGGAAAAGGCAAGCUUGCAAAAGAAAUAGCAGAGAAACUAGGCUUAAAGCAUUUCCCUGAAGCAGGGAUACAUUAUGCAGACAGCACGACAGGAGAUGGAAAACCCCUUGACGUAGAGUUCAGUGGCAACUGUAGUUUGGAGAAAUUUUAUGAUGAUCCGACAAGUAACGACGGCAACAGUUACCCAGGACAAGGGGUGGUGCUGGAGCGCUCCAUCUUCAGUGACUUCGUUUUCCUGGAGGCCAUGUACAACCAGGGAUUCAUCCGGAAGCAGUGUGUGGACCACUAUAACGAGGUGAAGAAGGUCACCAUCUGCGAAUACCUGCCUCCCCACGUGGUGAUCUACAUCGAUGUGCCUGUUCCAGAGAUCCAGAGUCGGAUUCAGAAGAAAGGAAACCCGCACGAAAUGAAGGUCACCUCUGCCUAUCUUCAGGACAUCGAGAACGCCUAUAAGAAAAUCUUCCUCCCUGAGAUGAGUGGGAAGUGUGAGGUGUUACAGUACAGCGCGCGGGAAGCUCAAGACGCAUCAAAGGUGGUGGAGGAUAUUGAAUAUCUCAAGUACGACAAAGGGCCGUGGCUGGACCAGGACGAUCUCCAUUUUCACAACCUGCGAAUGCUGGUUCAGAAUAAGUUGGAGGUGCUGAAUUACACAACCAUCCCCAUCUAUCUCCCAGAAAUCACAAUUGGCGCUCACCAGAGUGACCGCGUCUUCAAUAAAUUUCGAGAGCUGCCAGGCCGCAAGUACCAACCUGGGUACAAUGCCGACGUCGGCGACAAGUGGAUCUGGCUGAAGUGAACGGGCCGCCCUCCGCUCCGCUGCAGCACGGCGACGAAGCAGCUCUGGUCCGCCGGACUCGCGUGGACUCCACGUAGCUUUAAAAUUGGGGGGUGGGGGGUGCGGGGAAGUAAAUGAUCCGAAAAUCGCACAGUAGAAGAAAUGGCCUAGCAAAGCGCAGUCUGCCCUGUGGUAUAGUUAAUGCAGUCGGAAGAAACAGCUUCCAUUAAAAGGUUUUGGAACCUUCUAGGUUUAUUUUGGAAUGACCCAUAAUUAUCACUGGAGAAAAAAUGGAAGCUGUCAUUCCAACACGGCGCGCUGUGUGUAUGUUAUUUCUCCACACUUUGAGAAAUAAAACGAUUUCUAUGGGACUUCUCCUCAGUAUACCUCUGCACACGGGCAUGUCCCAGAUGCACACGUG